CAAUCCCGAGGCACCAACAGCGUCACGUUGAUUACAACUCGAAUUGGCCAACCUUUGUCAAGGUCACUCACUUGCGGGCAGUACUGACUAAUUUACUAACUAGGCGACUGAACUCUCGGGACCUUGAUCAUCAUGUCAUUAAUCCGCUUCUAUCAAAACAGGUCCUGAAGCAUCAACCCCGCAUUUCAACAGCAACGACAAACAGUCAGUUACUGUGUUAGUUGUACUGUUGCAGCCGAUAGCCCGUACAGUAAGCUUACAACUUUGGGCCAAGCUUGACGCCGGACUGAACCUUGGUAUGGUGACGUUCCUCGGUGAGUGGCUCGGCGUCUGCCCUUCUCUUCCAUCUCUGGCCACUGGUGGAGGGUCGCCAGUGGUUCAUAUCCAUGCGCCAGUAGAUGCUGAAGCUGGAUCAACAUCACGGCAGGUCUCGUGCUGCCUUUGAUGUAGCAGUAGAGCUUCCUCUCUCUCGCCUUUCUCUCGGUUGUCGGCCCUCUUCGGAGACACGCAAUGAUACUAUUCCCCCUCUUCCCUUUCCUUUCCUUUAUCUGAAAGAGGUAUCAAUAGCCCAUCCUCUCUUGUUCUUUAAUUCUGCCUCCCCUCCCACAUCUUGCUCCUCCUUCAUCCAUCAUCUGAACGUGACGCAGAUCGCAAAGCCUCUUUCUGUCCUCUUGCUAUUACUGUAUUGAACCAUUGUUGAGAGACCUGCAUAACAACAGUCUCCGUCUUGUUUCCAAACAUUAACAGUUCCGAUUUCUUCCUCUUUGCUCAACCGUCAACAAAGUUGGGUCGCCGUCUCAGUCAGCUUUGUUUCGCCAUUCAAUCUCCGUUGUAAGCAGUCCCCGCUCUGGGCUCGUCUCCAUCUCCAUCUCCAGUCUGUAACGUCGUCUAAUUGUUCGCGGCAAUUAGACGCGGAAUCAAACCGGAAGACUCGAAUCCUCGGAUAUCGAUUUCUUUCUGCUUGUUGUUCUGGUAAGCUCUCCUCUGUUGGUGCCCAUGUCUUUGCUCUGCCGUGCCCUGUAUCCAGACCCAGCCCAGCCCAGCCCAGCCCAGCCCAGCCAAAGCCAAACACAUCCACGGGCCAUAGCGGGGGCAGAUCCACUGUGCCGCGGGAGGGCCCCAAGCGGGAGUCUACCCCCGGCUACAGUUCGUACUCCUCCUCCUCCUCUGCACACACCCUCCAUGUCACUCAUAGACACCUCAAGACAAGCCCCGAUAUCCCCCACACCAGAGGACAUCCAGGGCCGGGCAUCCACCUCCAUCCAAGUUCAAGCCCAAGUCCAAGUCCAGUGGCCAUGCCACCGGCCUCGGGUCAAACGCCGGAAGUCUUCGGUUCCUGGACCAUCAUGUAUCAUGGCUGUGGUUUGAGUGUACGGCCAUAGUCGGUUGUAGUUGGUGGUGACAUCCAUCCAUAGCGGCCAUGAUAUUAUAAAGUCCCAGCCAUGCCCGCAUCUUGGGUCUGAAUUGUACUUACACCAGACCAGUCUCAAGAAGCAGCCCAUCUUACCUAUCCUCUUAGACGACGACUCACUCGAAUCGAACUCGUCUUGGCUUGGAUCGAUCUCUCCUCGAACCGAAUCCACCUUACCCAUUCAUCAUGAGCCAGUCACUUAAGCAAGCAGCUGAAUCAGCUCGCUCAAAGACCAGCGAUGUGCUGGGAGCUGCUCGAGGUGACUCGGCCGCUAUUGCCAAUGACAUCCUUCACACUCCUCUCAUGAGGGCCGCCCUUCCCUUCAUCAACGGCGGUAUCAGCGGUAUGGUGGCCACGACCGUCAUCCAGCCUGUCGACAUGGUCAAGGUCCGCAUCCAACUCGCUGGCGAGGGAACUGCUUCUGGCCCUAAGCCUUCUCCCCUCUCCGUCACUCGACAGAUUAUCGCCAGUGGAAAAGUCCUUGACCUAUACACUGGUCUCUCGGCUGGUCUUUUGCGCCAGGCCGUCUACACCACGGCCCGCUUGGGCAUGUUCGACACGCUCAUGGGAAAUCUGUCCGCCCGAGCCAAAGCUGAUGGCCGCUCAGUCGGUUUCUCAGAACGAGCAACUGCUGGUCUCACUGCCGGUGGUAUCGCUGCCAUGAUUGGUAACCCUGCCGAUCUCGCCCUCAUCCGAAUGCAGAGUGACGGCCUCAAGCCCCUUGCUGAGCGAAAGAACUACAAGUCUGUCAUUGAUGCGCUCACCAGCAUCGCCAAGAGCGAAGGUGUCGGUGCUCUCUGGGCCGGUGCUGCUCCCACAGUCGCACGAGCCAUGGCUCUCAACUUUGGUCAGCUGGCUUUCUUCAGUGAAGCCAAGGUCCAGCUCAAGAACAACACCGAUCUCUCCGCCCGCACCCAGACUCUCACUGCCAGCGCCAUUGCUGGUUUCUUCGCCUCCUUCUUCUCGUUGCCCUUCGACUUUGUCAAGACACGUCUCCAGAAGCAAUCCAAGGGACCUGACGGCAAGCUGCCCUACCGCAGCAUGAUGGACUGCUUCUCCAAGGUUGCUAAGCAAGAGGGUCUCGGCCGCUUUUACCGUGGUUUCGGUACAUACUACGUCCGUAUCGCUCCUCACGCUAUGGUGACAUUGAUCGUUGCUGAUUACCUUGGCUGGAUCACCAAAUAAACAAACAAACGACUCGACAAAUGAGAAAUGAGAACGGUUGUGCGGAUAGAAUUCGACACCAUCCAAGGCGUUAUCUGGCGUGGGGCAUUGUGAAUGGGAUUGGAUUAUUUUAUGGAUAGGAGCUGAAGGAUACCAUGGCUGCUACCUUUUAGGUCUUUCUUUUUGUCAUCAAAGCAGCAUCGACAAGAUAUUCGAGUAAAUAAAGAACAAAUGUUUAAAAACUCAAUUGUUGAGAGAGAGAGAGAGUUUUAUGUUUGUUGUGCAGGCCGAAGCGUAAAUUGGCUCA